CUAGACCAAUCAGCACUGCUUUAUUAAAUAUACCAAAAGAAACAAUACUGGAUGAUCCGUCAUUUAAUAAUCCAAAUUGCAUCGAUUUAAUUUUGGGCGCCGAAAUAUUCUUUGAUUUGAUUAAGCAUGGUCAAAUUAAACCAAUGGAUAACGGCCCGGUGUUACAAAACACGCAUCUCGGAUGGGUGAUCGCUGGUCCGGUUCCAGCAACUGCAUUAGACAGGCAAGAGUGCUGUAUGUCGGCGGUAACGACAACCGAACUGGCAAAAAUUAGUGAGCUUGAAGACCAAAUGGCACAGUUUUGGAGACUGGAGGAGGUUAAUGCUAAAGCUCCUUAUACAUUAGAGGAGACAAUGUGUAUGAAACAUUAUAAAUUAAAUGUUCGUUGCUCAACGGAUGGCAGAUUUACAGUUGUACUACCAUUCAAAGACCCAUCUAUGCUGGGUAAAUCAUAUCACAUGGCCUUGCGUCAAUUUUUAUCUUUAGAAAGGCGACUUCAGGCUGACCCUCAGCUUAAAGCGUCAUACAACAAAUUUAUUGAUGAAUAUAUCAUGCUAGGGCAUGCAGAAAAAGCGCGAUCGUCGAUAGAAGAAGAGCGUUGUUAUUAUAUGCCUCACCAUGCGGUAAUUAAUGAGCACAGUACGAGUACGCGGUUGCGAGUGGUGUUCGACGCAUCUGUGAAAACAGACACAGGGGUGAGUUUAAACGAGGUACUGCUGAAAGGUCCUUGCAUUCAGGAAGAGUUAGUUACUAUAAUGGCUAGAUUCCGUACUCAUAGAUAUGUCCUGACGGCGGAUAUAAAAAAAAUGUACCGGCAAGUGUGGAUAUCGGAAUCGCAGCGUGAUUUUCAGAGAAUAUUAUGGCGAGAAGAUCCAAGCAAGCCUAUUAAUAUUUUUUGCCUCAAGACUAUUACCUAUGGAGUGAUAACCUCUUCGUACUUAGUGGUAGCUUGUUUGGAGAAGUUGACCGCAGAAAGAACAAUAUCCUGA